AUGUCGCGUCUUAGUGUUGAUAACAAGCACGUUUUUUCCGAGUUGGACGAUCCGGAGCGUCAGGACCUGAUUCGGCGCAUUGUUGAACAGGACCCAAGUCUCUGUGAAAUCCCUCGCGGAAAUUUCUUUUUCCUGUGGUUCGCCAAUAUUGAGAUGCUGAGGAAACACGCAUCACCGCGUGAUGACUCAGAUAUCACAAGCCUGAACCUAUUAUUGAGACUGCCUGCCCCCGACAUAGCUGGUGUCUGGGCUUCGACGAAAACAGGACCGCAAUCCAAGCCUGCUUCGCGGGCUACUCAAGGCACUGCGUCAGCUUCCGCUUCUGUGAGAUCUCGUUCCGGGUCUCCCAGCAAAGGAAAGAUCCCAGUGCGCCAGCGAAGUCCGCUGAGGAAAGAGAUCAUCUCCCCGCCACUCGUUCCGCUUCCAACCAGUGUACCGAAUACUGUCGCUGGUCCUUCCAGACCUGUUGCAGUGGUGUCGGUGCUAGACACUGCAAGUUGCAAGAGUGCUAGCCUACAGCGGGACAGUGACAUGUGUGUCGUGACGAAGAUGGGCCAACCAACUCUCCAAUCGGCACAUAUUCUGCCGAGCAAGCUGAACCGCGGGGAGAUUAAAUCGGAGAUGUGGAGUACAUUAAAAAUGUUCUUCGGCCCAGAGCAAGUAGCGGCUUUGAAGUCUGAGAUCCUCGGAAACGACAACAGGGUGAACGCAGAGUACGUAUCCAAUUUUAUCACACUGAGUGUCCAAGUACACCAGUGGUGGGAUCGUGCAAUGAUUGCUUUUCGCCCUGUGUGGAUGAAUGAGGAUAAGACUGUAAUGGACCUCGCUUUUCACUGGCUGCCUCUGUGUGAUCAAACGCAGAAGCGAAGUGAAGACGUAUCCAUUUUCGCGCACCCAUACCCAACUCAACGUCAAGGAUGGUUUGAAGGCCCAUCUGACAGACAUCGACUCUGGGAAUUGGAGAACAAGCAGCUUGUUUGCUCUGGGUUUAUCUUCAGCAUCACGACGACUAGCGCAGAAAAAAGACCAUUGCCCUCAUGGGAAUUGAUGAGUCUGAAGUGGAACUUGUCUCGUAUCGCUGCGAUGCAAGGGGCUGCUGAGGAAGAAGACAGCGAUAUUGACUCUGACGGAGACUCUGUUGCUGUUACUUCAGGCUCACGAUCGCCCGUGAAAGAGGAGCGUACUUCUAAGGAAUAUACGCCCUUCCGAUCUCCCACUCGGUCUCGGUCUAUUUCGCCCGUGAAAGAGGGGCGUACUUCUAAGGAAAACACGCCCUUCCGAUCUCCCACUCGGUCUCGGUCUAUUUCGCCCGUGAAAGAGGGGCGUACUUCUAAGGAAAAUACGCCCUUCCGAUCCCCCGCUCGGUCUCAGUCUAUUUCGCCCUCAAAGUUGCGGGAUUUGGUGUUGGAGGACACCGAAUUCAGUGGAUUUGUGGAGUGA